GUGUUUGUGUAUUUAUUUAUUUAUGCAUCCUGUUUGAAAGUGUUUAGCUUUUUUACUUUGUUUGUUUUACGUUUUAGUCGUUCCUCAAAUGAGAAGACGUAAAAGAUGGAGCUCCACAUUUUAGAGCACAGCUUGAAAGUGGCGAGUAUAGAGAAAGAGGGGAUCCAGAUUUGCGCUCACGGAUUAAUAAAACUCGCCUUCCUGGCCUCCAAAACAAGAUGCAAGUUUUUCAGUUUGACAGAAACUCCAGAGGACUACACCAUCAUCGUGGACGAGGAAGGCUUUAAAGAGCUGCCACAGUCGGACCUCAUCAGCGUGGCGGACGCCACCUGGCUGGCCCUCAACGUGGUGUCGGGCGGCGGCAACGCCUCCAGCUCGCAGCCCAUCGGCGUCACCAAGAUCGCCAAGUCCGUCAUCGCGCCGCUGGCCGACCACAACAUCUCCGUCUUCAUGCUGUCCACGUACCAGACGGACUUCAUCCUGGUCCGGGARCGCGACCUGCCCAUGGUCAUGCACACUCUGUCUUCCGAGUUCACGCUGCUUCGAGUCGUCAACGGAGAAACGGUCGCCGCUCACGAGCUGGGAGUUUCCAACGGGUUCAUAAAACCRAAACUGGUGCCCCGGCCCAUCAUCCACCCUUUGUCCAGCCCCAGCAACAUGUUCUGUGUGACCAGCUUGGACCCAGACACACUGCCCUCUGUGGCCACUCUGCUCAUGGACGUCAUGUUUUACUCCGGGGGGUCCAAAGAGGCGGGAGCGUCGGGCGAGGACUCGACUCACAUCCGGUUCUUCUCGUUCUCUCUGAUCGAAGGCUACAUCUCUCUGGUGAUGGACGAGCAGACGGCUCAGAGGUUUCCAAACAACGUCCUUUUCACCAGYGCCUCCGGGGAGCUCUGGAAGAUGGUUCGGAUCGGGGGACAGCCUUUAGGAUUUGACGAGUGCGGCAUCGUGGCUCARAUAUCAGAACCUCUGGCGACAGCUGACAUUCCUGCGUAUUACAUCAGUACCUUCAAGUUCGACCACGCUCUGGUUCCUGAAGAAAACAUMCAAAGCGUGAUCCGAGCUCUGCGGACGGAGAGCGCGGCGCCGUGAGCGGAGGAUCGUCAGAGUGGUUCUGUUCAAAAAGUGCCAAGAGCAUGUUGGUGGGUCAGCUCCGAGUGGUCCCGGCCUGCCGGCAGUUUCUCUCUUUAGUUUACCAAACUGAAAGUUUCUUUACCUCUGAAGCUGCUCCCCUCCCCUCCCCCUCCCCUCCGCACUGUAAACGUUACAUAAAUCCUCUGCAGGAAGGAUGACGAAUGUAUUCUGAAAUGAAAAGAUGUCUAUUUAUCGAACUCUCCACAGGUCCUUCUCUCCUCAGUGCCAAGAUGUUCGAAUGCCUGAUGCCUUCUGUCUGAUUGUUUUCCACGUGUGCAAUUGAAGGAGACGGUUCUGUUUUUAACUCCAACACGUCUGUAGCCCCGCCUUUAAAUGAAGUACAACUGUCAACACUUUGUGUUCACGCUGCGAGCAGCACAUCUGAGUUGUAGACCUCUACAGCGCAUUAUCCCAGCAGGAGGUGCUACGGCUAGCUGCUGCUGCCAGUAUUUAGGCUAAGUCUAAAAAGGCUAAUCAAAUAAUGCAAUAAAGUGGACAGCUGCUGUUUUAAAAUCUGAUUUCAUAUCAGUUUAACUUUAUAUGGUCGAUUACAAACAAAUCCAUGACCGUGCAGCUAGCUGUAGCACUUCCUAUAGGGAUAUUUGAGUAUAAAAUUAUCUGAAACUUUGAUUUGAGUCGUUUUAAAACGACUAAGGUCUAUCUACAGCAGGUAAGAUGCUGUUUAGAGCAGCUUUAACUAUAGUCCUCGUAAUUUAAAAUUAAGAUCAAGCUCCUAAAAACUGAUUCCUACAUUUGAAACCAUAUUCACUUUCAAAAUAUGCAGAUUUUUAUAUGUUUUUGUGUCAUCUAUAAUAAAUAACUGCUCACUACCAGAAGCUUUACUGCCGUUUGAUGCAGUCGGUUCCAACUAUUAGAGGGUUGGAGCUAAAAUCAUCUAUAAAUGAAGUAUUUUUAAAAAACAGGACUAUCUAACCACUUGCUGGAUUUAGUUAAAAACGGAUGAGUUUCUGUGUUCAUUUAUCGAUGGAUGAAAUGUUACAAAAACAUAGAAAAACUGCAUCUUCUUCCAGCUCUGAUGUCUAAAGUUGAUUCAUUUGUCGCUCGCAGCGUGAACUUUAAGUCCAGACGGUGAAAACGCUCCAYUCUGCAGUUGUAAAAUCACUGAGCCACUUUUUGACGACGUGCUAAACACAAAUAAGCUACGGUUCACGCAGGGACAGGACGAGUCUCCCGCCGGUCCCUGGUGUCCCUUUAGGUCCUGAAGCUGCCCCUGUCCGGCUCCAGACUGCACUUUAAUGCAGGUCUUCCCCCACCCCCACUGACCUGCUGUACUGAUGUGAAAACAGAGAGGACACCUGAGGUUUUGAUUUCUCUCCACCAAGCCCCGCCCCCUCCCGCAGCCUGAUGAGUUUUUAUCAGUGUUAAAACCAGGAAGGCAACCAGUUUGACUCCAUUUCAAAUGAAAUUUGUUCAUGACUUCAUUUGAAGCUUCUUGUGUGGAAACAAAAUAAACUUUUUUUCUUUUUUAA